GAGAGAGAGAGAGAGAGAGAGAGAGAUUUCCUUGUGUGGAAGUAAUGGAGAGAAAAUGAUAGAAAAAUAGAGAGCAGUGAGGAAUUCUACCCUUCCUACUACAUGGACUCCAAGUCUCUGCGUUUCAUAACCCACCAAUCAUUCUUCUCGGCCGUCCGAUCGGGCGACCUCGAAUCGCUGAAGCGAUUCAUCGAGGAUGAAGGGUCUGAUCAUCCAUCUCUUAUGGCUCUGCAGAACGAUUCAGGCGAGACAGCUCUCUACAUCGCUGCCGAGAACAACUUUCAAGAGAUGUUCAGUUAUUUGCUCAAAUUCUGCGAUCUACAGAUCGCCAUGAUCAGGUCCAAGUCCGAUUUUCACCCUUUUCAUGUCGCCGCUAAGCGCGGUCACUUGGGGAUUGUGAAGGAACUUCUGGGCAUGUGGCCUGAACUUUGUAGGGUAUGUGACUCCUCAAACACUAGCCCCCUCUAUUCAGCUGCUGUGCAGGAUCACUUGGAUGUAGUGAAUGCUAUAUUAGAUGCAGAUGCCAGCUCAAUGCGGAUAGUGAGGAAAAAUGGGAAAACUGCAUUACACACAGCUGCAAGAUAUGGCCUUCUUCGAAUUGUAGAAGCACUUAUAAGCAGAGAUCCAGGAAUUCUCUCUGUCAAAGAUAAGAAAGGCCAAACAGCACUCCAUAUGGCUGUAAAGGGUCAGGAUACUUCGGUAGUUGAGGAUUUAUUGCUUGCUGAUCACUUAAUACUGAAUGAACGUGAUAAGAAGGGUAAUACAGCUGUCCACAUAGCCACAAGGAAAUGCCGCCCACUGAUAGUUGGCUUUUUGUUGACCUAUAAAUCUGUCGAAGUCAAUGCAAUUAAUAGUCAGCAUGAAACCGCUAUGGAUUUAGCAGAUAAACUCCAAUACGGAGAAUCUGCGCUGGCAAUUAAGGAAACCCUAGAAGAAGUUGGUGCUAAGCAUGCAAGGCAUGUCGGCAAAGUGGAUGAAGCAAUGGAACUCAAAAGGGCUGUGAGCGAUAUAAAGCACGAGGUGCACUCACAAUUCUUGCAAAAUGAAAAAACCAACAGGCGAGUUUCCGGUAUUGCCAAAGAACUCAAGAAAAUUCACAGGGAAGCUGUCCAGAACACCAUUAAUUCUGUCACAGUUGUCGCCGUUCUAUUCGCCUCCAUAGCUUUCUUGGCAAUAUUCAAUUUACCUGGCCAAUAUCUAAAGGUUGGACCUGAAGCCGGAAAAGCUCAGAUAGCCGACACCAUUGCAUUCCGGAUAUUCUGCCUCUUGAAUGCUACAUCCCUUUUCGUAUCUUUAGCUGUUGUCGUGGUUCAGAUAACUUUGGUUGCUUGGGACACAAGCGCUCAGAAACGGAUUGUUUCAAUAAUCAACAAGCUCAUGUGGGGCGCCUGCAUCAGCACUUGCGGGGCAUUUCUGUCAAUUGCUUUUGUGGUUGUGGGAAAGCAAACCUCGUGGAUGGCUAUCACUAUUACUUCAAUAGGAGCACCAAUUCUUGUGGGAACUCUUGUUGGCUUGUGUUAUUUUGUUUUCCGGCAACAUUUUGGGUUUUUUGGCAACGAUUCUCAGAGACGCAUCAGAAGGGCCAGCGGGAGCAAAUCUUUUUCAUGGACUUAUUCUGCUAAUAUUUCUGAUUUUGAUGACGAUAACUCCGACCACGAGAAGAUGAUAUAUGCUCUCUGACAUUUGAUAUAGGGUACCAAAAAAUGAUGAUUUUAUCGUGGUAGCAAUUUGGUCUUGUGUAACUGUGGUGGUUCACUAGGGUUUCAGCUCUGUCAAUGGGCUUUGAAGGUUGUGGACGGGAGGUUUUGUUUGGUUUGGUUUAAUCUUUUCAAUGGGCACUUAUGAAAAGAGUUGUAGAUUUUGUAUAUGCAUAUAUUAAUAUUUAGCCUGUUUAGGUUUAAUAAAUGUUUUGUGAGUUCUUGGCAUUGUUUGAGACUUGUGAUCAAAUUGAUUUGAUUAGAAAGA